GUCAGUAAAACAGGAGCUGAAGGAGCUGUCUUAGACGAAGCUAAAAAUAUCAACAGAUCUUUGUCAGCUUUAGGAAAUGUUAUUUCAGCUUUAGCUGAUGGAAAUAAAUCUCAUGUACCAUAUCGAGACAGUAAAUUAACUCGUAUUUUACAAGAGAGUUUAGGUGGUAAUGCUCGAACUACAAUGAUUAUCUGUUGUUCACCAGCAUCUUACAAUGAAUCAGAAACUAAGUCGACUCUUCUCUUUGGUCAAAGAGCUAAGACUAUUAAGAAUGUUGUCAGUGUUAAUGAAGAAUUAACAGCUGAUGAAUGGAAGAAGAAAUAUGAACGUGAAAAAGAAAGGAAUGCUAAAUUAAGAGCUAUCAUAUUAAAAUUACAAGAAGAAUUGGCUCAAUGGAGAAGUGGUGUAACUGUUUCUCCCGAUGAUCAGAUAGAUGUUAAAACAGCUUCAACUGUAGAGUUAGAUACACCUAGUAAUAGUGCUCCUCCCAGUCUUCAAGCUAGUCUUAUAGCUACCAACCUGACUGAUGAUGAACGAAAACAGCUUGAAGAGGAAAAGAUAAAACUUUACCAACAGUUGGAUGACAAGGAUGAAGAAAUUAACAACCAAGCUCAACUAAUUGAGAAGCUAAAAGAACAAAUGUUAGAACAAGAAGAAUUGAUCAGUCAGUCCAGAAAGGAUUAUGAAGGAGUGACACAGGAGAUGUCUCGAAUCCAAGCUGAUAAUGAGUCUGCUAAAGAUGAGGUCAAGGAGGUACUUCAAGCUCUGGAGGAACUGGCUAUGAAUUAUGAUCAGAAAUCUACUGAAGUGGAAAAUAAGAAUAGAGAUAUUGAACAGUUGACUGAAGAACUCUCAACUAAACUUACCACAUUAAAUUCUGUGCAAUCUGAAUUUGAAACAUUACGUGAUUCAUCAUUACACCAGAAGAAACGUAGCAGUGAUAUGAUGUUAAGUUUACUCAAAGAUCUGUCAGAGAUUGGUACCAUAAUUGGUGGCAGUGCUGCUGAAUCUAAGGUGUGUGGUAAGAUAGAAGAGGAAUUCACUGUGGCUAGAUUAUAUAUCAGCAAGAUGAAAUCUGAGGUCAAGUCUCUAGCUAGUCGAUGUCAGGAAUUGGAAAAUUCUCAGUCUGAGUGCAAUAAAAAAUUCGAAGAUACAAAGAAUGAAUUGUCUGAUUGUAAAUUGAAGUUAGUUCAACAUGAAGCUAAGAUAACAACAUUAAAUGAUACCAUCAAAGAUAUUGAAGGUAAAAAGAGACAAUUAGAAGAAAAUGUAGAUUCUCUUAAUGAAGAAAUUGCUAAAUUAAGGGCCCAAGAACAAAUGCACGCUACUGCUGUUUCCAAACAAGCUGAAGCAUCCAGCAAACUACGAUCAGAAACAGAACUGAAAGAGGCUUUGGAGUCCCAGAUGGAAAUGCAUCGUGAGAAUCACCAAAAACAACUAUCAGCUCUUCGUGAAGAAAUAUCAGAAAAACAGAGCAUCAUUGAUACACUUAAAGAUACAAACCAGAAACUAACUUUGGCUCUGGAGAAAUUACAAUCAGAUUAUGAUCAAUUGAAACAAGAAGAAGCUGAUAAGUCAACUAAACUCUCUGAAUUAUCUGUACAAAUGGACAGACGUGAACAGGCUAAACAAGAUCUUAAAGGCUUGGAAGAAACAGUGGCUAAGGAACUUCAAACAUUACAUAACCUGCGUAAAAUAUUUGUCCAAGAUCUUCAAAACAGAGUUAAGAAAAAAGAAGAUGAAGAAGAAGAAGAUGCUGUUGGAAGUACAGCUCAAAAACAAAAAAUAUCUUUCCUGGAAAAUAACCUGGAACAGUUGACCAAAGUUCACAAACAGUUGGUGCGUGAUAAUGCUGAUUUAAGAUGUGAACUUCCUAAAUUAGAGAAGAGAUUGAGAGCUACCAUGGAGAGAGUGAAAUCAUUAGAAACAGCUUUACGUGAGGCUAAAGAAGGAGCUAUGAGAGACAGAAAGAGGUAUCAGAUGGAAGUAGACAGAAUUAAGGAGGCAGUAAGACAGAGAAAUUUAGCCAGAAGAGGCCAUGCUGCCCAAAUAGCAAAACCAAUCCGACCUGGUCAACAUCCUAGUAAUUCCCCAGCACAAAGUACUGGUAUCCGUGGUGGUGGAGGCUCCCAGAAUGGCCCUAAUCCUAUUAAAAUAGAAGGAAAAGCAUAA